UCGCUUUGCACCAGAGGAGGAGGCGCUCUGAGCAUCCUUGCAAAAGAGGACAGCUUAGUUUUUGCGCCUGCAUCUCUCUCUCUCUCCUGCUUCCUUCUCCCUGGGCAUCCUUGUUUUGCGGGGAGACCUCUGAAGACCCAGCCCCCUAUUUCCUCCCUCUGCCCCUUGCCAGGAUCUGACCCCCCCACUUUGAAGCCACCAUGGCCGUCGAGAAGGAGAAGAAGACCUGCGGGCAAGUGAUGACGGAGUGGAAGGAAUUUAUCUGGAACCCGCGCACGCAUCAGUUUAUGGGGCGCACCGGGAGCAGCUGGGCUCUGAUCCUACUGUUCUACCUGGUCUUCUACGGCUUCCUCACGGCCCUCUUCACCCUCACGAUGUGGGUGAUGCUGCAGACGGUGGACCAGUUCAACCCCAAAUACCAGGACCGCCUCUCCAUCCCAGGCGUGAUGAUUCGCCCCAAGACGGACGCGCUGGACAUCACUUACAACAUGAGCCAGACUGAAUCCUGGGAGGAAUACGUGAGGAUGCUAAAUAAGUUUUUGGAGGCUUAUGACAAUGCCAAGCAGGUGGCUAGCAACCGGGACUGCAUCCCGGGGCAGUACAAUGAGCAGGUGGACAACGGGGUGUUGAAUUACCCGAAGACGGCGUGCCAGUUCAACCGCACCAUGCUGGGUGACUGCUCGGGCCUCAACGACACCACUUAUGGAUACCGGGACGGGCGCCCCUGUAUCCUCGUCAAGAUGAACCGGGUCAUCAAGUUCUACGCGGGAGACGGCAAGCCCAUCAACGUCUCUUGCCUGUCAAAGAAAGAGGAGGAUGCCCAGAAACUGGGGGAGAUAGCGAUGUUCCCUCCCAAUGGAAACAUUGACCUAAUGUACUUUCCUUAUUACGGCAAAAAAAUCCAUGUGAACUACACGCAGCCCGUCGUGGCCGUCAAAUUCCUCAACCUCACGUUCAACUACGACCACCACAUCGAGUGCAGGGUCAACGCCGCCAACGUCAACACGAACGAUGAGCGGGACAAGUUUGCCGGCCGCGUGGCUUUCAAGAUCCGGGUCAACAAAGAAUGAUAGCGUCCCCC